AUGGCGACGAAGAAGAAACCUCAGAAGAAGCAAAGCAACAACAAUAAUGGUUUUGCUUCGAGCCACAAGAAACCAUCUACAGUCCCAAAGCUUCUGAUUUCGCCGGAGAAGGAGGACCAUUUGCGGAGGCUCUUGCUCAGCUUUCGCCGGACCGCUUCUCCGUUUAGGGCUCCUCUCCAUAAUCCGGCUCAGACGAGAAGGAAACUCACAAAUAUAAACGGGAAACUCUCUUGCGAAGGCUUCUUAGAUGAUCAGAUUGAAUCCACUCUCUCCUCUCUUAGAGAGGUGAUAUCGACCUCUCGGAAAGAUUGGAACGAGGAUGGUGAAUCUUCGGUCCAGCUAAAGGAGGAAGAGCCUGAAGUCUUAGUUCGAGUAAAGGGAAAGCGAGAUGAAGAAGAUACUCUUAGUUCUUGCCAACCAUCUCAAGCUGAUUGGAUCCGUCAGUAUAUGAGAAGAUUGGAAGAGGAAGACCUGGAAUCUUCGGACGAUGAUAUUGGCUCCAGCAGAGAGGUAUCUAAUCCAAGGCCUUUCGAUGUGAUUGCUGAAGAAUAUCGUUCGGAAAGAUCUGAUGCUAUAAAAGCAAAGAGAAAGGGUGAUAAAAGAGGACAGAAACAAGCAGGCCUAGCCAUUUGCAAGCUCAAGCAAGAGAUAUCUGCUCUUGCAAUGUUGGAAUCUGAGUUUCAACGUGAACAAGCUUUUGAGGGCGCUACGGAAAAAGAAGUAACCUCCAUUGUGCCUGCUGACGUUCAUGAGUCAGUAAAUGUUGACACUAUCUCUGUUCAGCUGUUAGAGGAUUUGACCUUGGAUGAAAAUCCUUUUGGGAGCUAUGACAUGGAGCUUGGUGAUUUGUUCUUAGAAAAUGUUCCGCCUUAUGAACCUUCUCCCCAUGAACUCCUGGAGUUACAGAAGAAGAAAAUUAUGAGAGAACUUUGCAAUGAGGAAAAUCUUGGGAAACUGGAGGGUAUCUGGAAGAAAGGUCAAGCACAAAAGAUCCCAAAGGCAUUUCUUCAUCAGCUAUGUCAAAAGUCAGGGUGGGAAGCACCAAAGUUCAAUAAAGUUACUGGAGAAGGAAGUAAUUUCUCAUAUAUUUUAAGUGUUAUGCGUAAAUCCAGUGGAUUUGGUAAAAGCAGACAAGCCGGGGGUCUGGUAACUCUUAAACUUCCUCAUCAAGUUGAAGAUUUUGAAUCCAUCGAGGAUGCACAAAACAGAGUUGCAGCAUUUGCUCUCCAUAAGCUCUUUUCUGAUUUGCCUGUUCACUUUGCAAUUACUGAGCCUUAUGCCUCUCUAGUUUUGAUCUGGAAACAAGCAUUCAUAUGUUCUAGCCUUAAAUGUUUGCAAUAUUAUAACCACUCUAAAAGAUUUGCUUUGAGCUUUCACAGAGGAAUCAUUGGGUAUAUACGAGGCAGAGAAGAAGAACGAAGAGCAAAGUUUAUUGACAGCUUGCUUGAGGUAGACAAUUUCAGCUUGACCAAUUCGUCGAGUGCAAUUCCAAUGGCGGACUCCUGUGUCAAAGAGAAUGACGACUUGGGUGUUGUCAAAUCGAACCUUAGAGCGAAAAGAGACUCUUCGAUGGAAGCUGAAUGUUCUUCUCUUAAAAGAAAACAAGAAAACAAAAAGAAAAUAUGGAAGUACAAGGACAUGUUGAAAAGUAGAGCUGCUCUUCCUAUAUCAAAAGUGAAGAAUGACAUACUGCACCAUCUGAAAGAAAAAGAUGUCUUGGUGGUAUGUGGAGAAACAGGCUCUGGAAAAACGACACAGGUUCCUCAAUUUAUAUUGGAUGAUAUGAUCGACUCAGGUCAUGGUGGGUACUGUAAUAUUAUAUGCACACAACCUCGGCGGAUGGCAGCUAUCUCUGUUGCCCAAAGAGUUGCCGAUGUGCGCUGUGAAUCUCCUCCAGGUGUACAUGACUCCUUGGUUGGUUAUCAAAUUCGCCAUCAAAGUGCAAGGAGUGACAUGACAAGGCUGCUGUUUUGUACUACUGGCGUUCUACUGAGGAAACUUGUGGGGGACACCUUGAAGGAUGUUACACAUAUAAUAGUCGAUGAAGUGCAUGAGCGGUCUCUUAAUGGUGAUUUUCUUCUCAUCAUUUUGAAGAGACUGAUUGAGAAGCAAUCCUGCUUAAUGAUAAUUACGGCUCAAGGACGAUUACACCCAGUUACUACGUACUUUCUGGAGGAGAUUUAUGAGAGUAUUAACUAUUCGCUCGCUCCCGAUUCUCCUGCUGCGCUAAGAUCUGAUACAUCCAAUAGAGAUGAGCUUGGUUCUGUAAAGAUCCGUAGGGGAAAAAAGAAUCUUAUGUUGGCUGGCUGGGGCGACAAUUAUUUGGUGUCAGAAGACUGUCUCAACUCAUCUUAUGUUUCCAGUAGUUACGAAAAUUACUGUGGUCGUACGAGAAAAAAUCUGGAAAGGUUAAAUGAGAAUGUUAUUGACUACGAGCUUCUUGAAGAGCUGAUAUGCCACAUUGAUGACACUUCUGAGGAAGGAGCAAUUCUUGUGUUUAUGCCUGGAAUGUCAGAAAUUAACAUGUUACGCAAUAGGCUAGCUGCUUCCCGUCGUUUUCGUGGACCCUCUGCAUAUUGGCUUCUUCCUCUACAUUCUUCCAUUGCACCUAAAGAACAGAAAAAGGUGUUUCUGCAUCCCCCUAAAGAGACCAGUAUAACAAUUGAUGAUGUGGUGUAUGUGAUUGACAGUGGCCAACACAAGGAAAAUCGCUAUAAUCCACAGAAGAAAUUGUCAAGCAUGGUGGAAGAUUGGAUAUCUAAAGCAAAUGCAAGACAAAGAACGGGAAGAGCUGGACAUUGCUAUUCAUUGUACACACGCCAUAGGUUCGAGAAGCUCAUGCAUCCCUAUCAGGUUCCUGAGAUGCUGCGGGUGUCUUUAGUAGAGUUGUGUUUACAAAUCAAAUUUCUUGGCUUGGGUCACAUUAAGCCUUUUCUGUCCAAGGCUUUGGAACCUCCAAGUGAAGGCGCAAUAAACUCUGCAAUAGCAUUGUUGCGCAAGGUCGGUGAUGUUCAAGGUGACGAAGAGUUGACACCACUUGGGCAUCAUUUAGCAAAACUUCCUGUUGAUGUAUUGAUUGGAAAGAUGCUGUUAUGUGGUGGCAUUUUUGGUUGCUUAUCACCUAUUCUCUCGAUUGCUGCUUUCUUGAGCUACAAAUCACCGUUUUUAAAUCCCAAAGAUGAGAAGCAAAAUAUGCAUAGAGUGAAACUUGCUCUUUUGUCUGAUAAGCUGGAGAGUUCAAGUAAUUUAAACAACAAUGAAAGACAAUCUGAUCACCUCCUUAUGAUGGUUGCAUAUGAAAAAUGGGUGAAGAUUUUGCAAGAGCAAGGAAUUCAAGCUGCAGAGAGGUUCUGUGAAUCAAAGUUCUUGAGCAGCUCAGUGAUGUGGGUGAUAAGAGACUUGAGAAUAGAGUUUGGCACUUUACUUGCCGAAGUCGGGCUCAUCAAUCUUCCUAAAAGUAAAACAGGCGAGUGCCCGCAGAGAAGGAAGGACAAUCUUGAUGUUUGGUUUACUGAUAAAACUCAACCUUUCAAUAUGUAUUCAGCAAUAUUAUGUGCGGGACUAUGUCCGAAUAUUGCAGAGGGAUUGGUUAACCGUUUUACAAAGACAGAAAAAGAAACACAGCGUUAUUCAGUAUGGCAUGAUGGCAGAAGGGAAGUUCAUAUCCAUGAAACCUCUAUAAACAAAAACUGCAAAGCCUUUCAAUAUCCUUUUCUUGAGAAGGUCGAAACAAAGAAAGUAGUAUAUCUGCGAGAUACGACCAUUGUUUCUCCUUUCUCCAUUCUACUUUUUGGUGGCUCAGUUGAUGUUCAUCGUCAGCACCAGCUUAAACCCGUGGUUUUGUUCAAAGAGCUUCGGUUAACCCUUGAUUCCAUUCUGAAAGAUCUCAUCCGAAAACCCCAGAAAUCAGGUAUAGUCCACAACGAAGUCGUUAAAGCUAUGGAGUCUCUACAUAGCUGUACUAUCAUCGAUAUGAAGCGUAAAAGAGGGCAUAAGAAGGGAAAGAAGUCUAAAAAGUCCAAAACUAUCACUGACGUAGGGAACUUGAAUGAGUCAACCGAGAACCAAACCUCUGAGCAAAGUUCUGGUGCUCCUCCUGAGUGUGAGAACAGUGAACAUGAAUCUAAAAUGGAGGUUGAUGCGCCUUCUUCUACGGGGAGUGGCAAUACACCUAUUACGGGGAGUGGCAAUACACCUAUUACUGAUUCGCCUGUUGCAUCAGCUGAGACGGGCAAGUCAGUUGGACGUGUUAAGGUUAAACUGAAGACCUCUAAAGCACCAGAACCCGAUGUUCCAUCGCGUACUGAUAUCGUUAAGAGCAGUCCUCAAGUGGAGCCAGAGAAACCUGCUGUGGUCGUUGAGAAAAAGGAGGAAUCGGUUCCUCGUGUGCCUGAGAGAAAACCAGUGUUUCUGAAUGUUUACAGGAAAACUAAAGGUAUAAAGAUUAAGUCUUCAAAGCCGGUAGAUGGAUCUAGCUCAGUUACUGAGGUGAGUGCUGAUGCUGUCAAGGCCCAGGAUGCAAAUAUACUACAGAAGGAUACAAAAUCGCCUGAUGAGAAUUCUCAAGCCAAGAAGCAAGAACCAGAAAUUGCACCAGUUUCUGUUCAGAACGAGCAGAAGAAGACUGAUCAAAAUGCACAAUACAAUAAGCAAGAACUUGAAGAUUCUCUUACAGUAAUCAAGAAGAUUAUGAAGAUGGAAGCUGCUGAUCCCUUUAAUGUUCCUGUGAAUCCAGAAGCUCUCGGAAUUCCUGACUAUUUCGAUAUAAUCAAGACACCUAUGGAUUUUGGAACAAUAUGCAGUAAUUUUGAAAAAGGCAAGUAUAUGAACUCUGAGGAUGUUUACAAGGAUGUCCAAUACAUUUGGAAUAACUGUUCCAAGUACAAUAAGAAAGGUGAUUAUAUUGUGGACCUGAUGAAGCGAGUGAAGAAAAAUUUCAUGAAGUACUGGACUGCAGCAGGGUUGUUUACUGAACAAUCAGCAGCAGAGAAUGCUCAACUAGAGGAUGGUGGGAAGGCAUCAACCAAAGGCAGUCAAUCAAAGCAAAAGAGCCAUAAACGCCAUGGGAGUUGGAGCGUAAAGAAUGGAGAGCAAAGAUCCAUGAGAAGUUCCAAGUCAGAAACCCGCAGCUUUUUAGUCUCUGUGAAACUCUCUUCCCUAGCAACAACCACAAUUCAGUCUGGAGGGGACCUCACUCGCUGUUUAAACGUAGAGGAGGUCCAAAUCGAAGUAGUUCCUUACACAAAGCAGUUGAGGCCUUGA